AUGUCAAAUCCAGCAUUACAAGUUUAUGGAGGUGAUGAAAUUACAGCUGUAGUCAUUGACCCCGGUUCUUUCACUACAAACAUUGGUUAUUCCGGUACUGAUUGUCCACAGGCCAUCCUUCCCUCUUGUUAUGGCCAUCACAAAACUAAUGAGAAUGCAGAUGGUGACGAUGAAAAAUCAAAACCUAAAGUGUUUGCAGAGCAGUCAUUGACGUUCCCAAGACCGGAUUACGAGAUUAAACCUAUAGUGGAGAACGGUCUGGUGGUAGAUUGGGAUGCAGCUCAGGAACAGUGGGACUGGGCAUUGAGGAAUGUACUUCAUCUUGAAUCCAAUAAAGGUGUUCCAGCACUAAUGACAGAGUCGAUUUGGAAUACCAUGGAAAAUAAGACCAAAUCGCUCGAAGUUUUACUGGAGACCUUGGAUUUUGAAGCUUGUUACAUUUCAUCUACACCUACAUGUGUUUCCUUUGCCACGGGUAGACCAAAUUGCCUAGUGGUUGAUGUGGGACACGAUACUGCAAGCUCAAGCCCUGUGGUAGAUGGUAUGACUCUUUCAAGAAGCACAAGAAGAAACUUUAUUUCAGGUAAAUUCGUGGAUCAGUUGAUUGGCAAAUAUUUACAACCUAGAGAAAUUAUACCUUUGUUCGAAAUUGCCCAAAGAAGACCAGAAUUCAAGAAGAAAAAUUUCGAAUUUAAUAUAGACCCAUCUCUUUACAACUUUGCCAAUGAACGUGGGUUUUUCCAAGAGUGUAAAGAGACUCUGUGUCAAAUAGCCCCCACAACUUUAGACAAAUUCAAACCAGAGUUAGAAUCGACCGCUAAAAGGUCAAUUGAAGCUCCAUGGACAGAAGAGAUCGUAUUUGACAACCCUUCUCGAUACGGCUUUGCAGAACAAUUAUUUUAUCCCCAAAGUGAAGAUAUACCUGAGGGUUGGCCAGUUUCUAAAGACGGUAUUGUGGAGACUUGGCACAAUGAUUACGUUCCUUUGAAAAGAAACAAACCCAGUGGUAGUAAACCAGAGAAGCCCAAUGGUGAGGAGACUCCCAGUGGGGAAGAUCAGGCAUCUACUUCGGAAACUACGAAUGAACAUGGUAAAAGACCUAUGGAAGAUUCAGAAUCUAGUGAACUUGCUGGUAUAUCAGAUUUAGUCCACUCCUCUAUAACAAGUGCAGAUGUUGAUUUAAGAGCCACAUUAGCCCAUAACAUUGUACUAACAGGUGGCAGUUCAUCUGUACCAGGCUUCAGCGACAGACUAAUGAAUGAACUAACCAAAAAAUUGCCUGCUCUAAAAUUCAGAGUUUUAACCACAGGUCAUUUAAGAGAAAGACAGUAUCAAUCAUGGCUUGGAGGUAGUAUACUGACAAGUUUAGGUAGUUUCCACCAAUUAUGGGUGGGUAAAAGAGAGUACGAAGAAGUUGGAGCUGAGAGACUACUGAACGAUAGAUUCAGAUGA